GCUGGUCGGGCGCUGAGUUUCCUGACGCCGCUGCUGGCGCUGGUUGCCGCCCACCAGUGCCACCACUCCCUCGCCCACGCCGCCCUCAACGCCGCCCACAACCGCCGCCACGUCCAGCUCCUCAAACAGGUGAUGGAGUCCCAGCAAGAACAAAAACAAAAACCGGGAGCGCCGGAUGGUGAACCUACGGCCCCGGCUGGGACUGAACCCCCAUCACAAGCGUCCCCUGGCAGUGGGACUGAUCCUCCGGGGGCUGGGGCUGAUCCCCCUGCAGAUAAAUCCCUUGAGGCUGGGGUUCAAACCCCUGCAGAUAAACCCCUAGAGGCUGGGGUUCAAUCCCCAGCCGAUGGGUCCACGACCCAGAAGGCGGUUUCCCCCCGCGACGCCCCACUGCGUAUCCCCCAGCGUGGGGACGAGGAUUACUUCGAGGCCCUGGGGCUGGUGGUGGGGAGGCUGCAGGCCGACCAUGAGCAGGAGUCUACGGCCUGCGCUGACCUGCUGGGGGCGCUGCUGGAGCACUCGGAGGGCCUGUACAGUCCUACCGCCGCCGCCGCAGUCCACGCACAUCAGGCCCAUACACACGGCCUGCAUGGCUACCUCAAUGUCAACAGGCCGUGCACGCUCGACCACUUGGAGUCCUUCAGCCCGAAGACGCGCGAUGGAAACCGAGUCAGCAUCAUGCCAGGUCUCGGUCAAGAAGACGACAUCCAGAGAGCGCGAGCGGCGGAUGUGAAGGAACUCAUCAACUUUGUUGUUUAG